CUAAGUGACUGGAUGGUGGUGAGAGAUUCCAGCCCGGCUGGAGUGAUGUCUCCCUCGGCCUAUGGCAGCGCGACAAAGGACAGGGAGGAGCUGCUACGUGUGGAACAUUUCUGAUAUGACUGAGGACAAAGUUAAAAGCUAGGCUGUCUUAACUUUUACAAGAAAGAAAAAAAAGUUAACAAGACUUUCGCUCAUGUGAUUCCACACCAGGAAAGACUGCAGAGUCUGCACGGAAACUACGCACUGUUAAGUUCUUGGUCUUAAUCGUGUUCUUUUACCACAAGAUUUGGUUGUGCUCUUAUGUUAAAAGUGCAGCCCGAGUUUGACCUGCGCAGAGAUGUGGAGGCUGACAUCCGAAGGAAGGAGGCGGCGGUGUGCAGGGUGAAAGACUACUCUGGAGCAGUGGACAUUUUAAUCCUCAACACUGAGAGAGAUGGGGGCAUCCUUUACUCCUGGAAGGUUAUUACUAUUAUUGGAUCAAGUGGGGCCACACGUGUUGGGAAAUAUGACUCAAGCACCAAGCAGAAUAAGCUCCUGUAUACCUUCGACAAGCAGGUGUGUGUUAGCAGCUGCUCCCUAAACAAGGAGGAAACGUUGUUAGCUGUCAGCUUGGCACAAAACAAUGGUGGAGAGGAGCACCUCAAACCAAGUGAGACACGCUCACAUGCUCCUUCUUUCAUUGACAUGCUUCAUCAUUUCUCAUCCCUCGCUUUAGUAUCCCAGUGCUUGACGCUCCUGAUUGAGAUCCAUCCUAUCAACAACACCAAAGUCUUAAAGGCGGUAGACUGCAGGGUCAAAGUGCAGUUUCUCCAUCCUGAAACUAACCGCAGAUCAGUGCAGGAGAGCCACCUGCUGCUGCUAACUGAAGAUGGAUAUGUGGAUCAGUACCACGUCAUGCUGACCAGGCAUGAGGGUUACAAAGUGCAGGUGGUGGCCAAUCCGGAGCGUUUGUCCAAGACAGCCGAGCGGGUGGCGGAGGAUUUCUGCUGGGUCCAAUGGGACGUGCACACGCAGAGGCUCUAUUAUCUCACCCAUGCGGACAAGUUCCUGCUGCGAUGUGUGCAGUUCUACGACAACCACAAUUGUGAAACUGUGCUGGAGCUCCCAUUAGCGUUGCCUGCUCAUGCUUUCAGCACCGUCAAGUUUGUGAACUUGGGUUUUGACCACCAUCACGUGGAGAAGCCAGAGCGAGUAAAGAUGGAAGUAUUCACAAACCGAUUAGGAAGCAUGUGCGUGUGCUCCAGUCGACCCGCUUGCCACAAACCGGAGCUCAUCUAUUCUGUGGUUUUAGUUCACAAAGACUGCAGCAAGACUUUUCGGGUCACUUUGGGCCAGCCGACACGGGACAGCACGCUGCUCCAUCCCCUCUUCAUUCCUAUAGGUUACUACGUCGUGGUGUAUCUGCGCGCUUGCUUCCUGCACUGCAUCAACACCAGGCAGCAGGAGAUGCUCUGCCACUCCCUCUUCCUGUCUGGUGAUGAUGCGGACUUGGGCCUAUCGUCAAAGUCCGGAGCGUUCACAGUGCUGCACGCAGAUGACGAGUCAAGUGUGGCCCUGUUGGACCUGCCAAAUGGGACUAUCCAUGGUGUCCAACUCAGCCCACCCCACCUUCUGCAGAUUCUACGAUCAGGCCCCCGUUCUGGGAGACCCAACAACAUGGUUGACGCUCAGCGCCUGGCCACCCUUCACUGCCUUCUCCUUUACAGCGGAAAUGACCCAAACGUGGAGCUGGAGAUUAUUGAGUGGCUGUGUGACAAUGUGAAAGUAUUUGAGUCCUUUGACCCCAUCCAGGAGUUCAUUCUAGCAUCUUUAUACAGAAUUAGCUACCAGAAGUCCCUCAGCCUGGAUAAACUGCUGCCUUGCUCAUCGGUGUUUGAAGGGAAGGAGGUACCAGCGUGUCUGACGGAGAUCCCCGGUGUGCUGUGCACCACUCUGCUGCAUACCGAGUCUGUGUUUAAAGGGAAGGCCAGGAGUGUCCAGGGCUUCUGGUCCGAGCUGCAGUGGAACACGGAGAGGACAGCAUAUUUUGACGUCGAUCCCAACCCCAGAUACAGAACCUCUCACGUUCAGGCCUACUGGAGCAAACUUAUGACAGAAAAACCCUCAAGCCACAUGACUCAUGUGUUGGAGAACACUAAGAAGGUUCUUUCCAUGGUAGACACUUGGCGUCUUGACAGGAAGCUGGUUCCGCUUUUCCAAGAGGAGGAUCACCACCAGAAGCUGCUCAUAGGCCUGACGGUGGAGAAGCUCCGAGAGCAUCUCAAUACACACCUGCCUCGCCAGGGCAAGAAGAAGAUAGACUCCCUGGUCAUCAACUAUGUAGCCAAACUGCUGGAGCUGAUCAGACACAUGCUGGAGUCAGUCUGGCUGAAGCACAAGCUGGGCCCUCUUGUUCUGUGCUUCAAACAACGGGCCAGUCCGGGCGAGUGGGCUGUGUUUCACUUCAUGCUUCGGAUCCUAGAAGCCACCAGGGGUCUCUGCAUGCCCCUCCCACCUGGUUAUCAAACUCUGCUAGCGGCGUUGGCUUUGCGUUGCCUCCCUCAUCACACUUUCCUACAGUAUGUCGACCACCGCUUCCUUCAGCUAACGGACACCUUCGUGUCUCGACUCAUGACAGAGUUGGACAACAGUGCAGCUAAUGAGAAACUGAAGUUCAGUGUAUUAAAGAGACUUCCAGAGGCAAACAGAUUCUACCACAUGUGGGAUCAUCCUAUCAGUUCGGCUUCCAUCUCCAGAGAUUACGUCAGGAAUCUGUUGGGGGGACGGAACAAAAACAAGACACAGAAAGUCAGUAGACUUUUCCCACUUGUCCUUCUGCAGGGAUUUGCUUUCACCGGCAGAGACAAAGCAUCCUUCAGAACAGACGUCCUGCCUUUGACGUACCUGGCCAAAGUGCUUUCUGACAUCGAGGAGCAAGGUCUGAACCCCUUUGAGGAGCAGGAGAACGUGGACGCUACAUUUGUGGAGGAGACGGCUCUGAAACAGACACUCAUUCUGCUGGGAUUUGAGGGAAAAUGAACCCCCCCAAAAAAGGACAGAUGGGAGUGUAGAUGGAUGGAAGACAAGGGAAUGAUGAAUUACGAGAGCAAUCAAACAAGCAGGAAGAGAUGAAUGGGAAGACAGAAGCCGCCAGCUGAGAUGUUGCCAGGACCAGAGACAAAGGGAGAAAACUAACAUUUGUUUACAUUUUGAUUCAAGUCAGGGAAGCCUUCUUAUACUCAAUAAAUACAAUUGUAUAAACAAGCAACCAAAAUCUCAGCACAUGCUAUAACAGUACAUCAACAUUAGGUACACCUGUCCAAUUUAAUGAGAUCGGGCAGAAGUUGUGUGUCAAAGAUUGAGAGGAAUGCUCAGUUGUAGUGAAUGAGGUUGUAAAUCUAGUCAAUCGAAGAGAGGAUCACGCGUCUAUACAUAAGGUAUUUAUUAGGGUGGAGUUAUGUAUGUUAUGUAUGUGCAUUUUUAAAAUAAAUGUAUCGUUUUUCAUCAAUAAUUAGUUCAUCAAUAAUGUAAAAGGCCACAGUGCUUUUUUGUUCAAAUGGACAACGCAAUUAAUAGGGGAAUGGCAUCUAAUUUGAGAAUAGAAGCCACUUUGUUAGGAAAUACAGUGGUGGCUUGAGGUAAGAGUUUAAUAUUUUCUGUGACCAUACUCUCAACUAUUUUUUGCCAGAUGUUUUGUUCAGUUCAAUGAACUUUGUGCUGUUCCUUCUGGAGUAUGCGCCUUGGCCACAGUAUAAUACAGAUACUCAAUGCAAGGAGACGGUAAAAUUGAUUGUUCUUCACAGAGGAUAAAGAAUAUAUUAUGAGUCUUA